UUAACUCCUAUGUGGCGUGUUUACGUUUUGACUUCCUGAGUAAAGGCGUAGUCUCGUUUCCUGAUGACGGACUUUCCUGUUGUCGCGACUCGUUUUCUGCGCAGGCGCUGUCGGGGCACCGCGGCACCGGAUAACUCGGGGACGGACCCGUCCGCAGCAGCGCUCCGUGCCGCUGCUCGGUGCUCUGCGCCUUUAAGAGCCUCGUGUUGUUCCAGGAAGAGUGAGGGUGUUUCCAGCUGAUCACGGCAGAAGGACCGGAGUCUCCCUCAGCAGCCCGACCUGCCCGCUCUCUGCUCGGCCACCACAGCGGAGCGCUCCGGUCCGGACCUCCGGCACCUCUGCAGCUUCUUACCGGGAUCAAGUCGAGGCAGAACCGCGGACCCGUCGGCGCCGCUCCGCUGCUGCUGGCCGCCUGUUAGCUGCCGUGAACCGGUGCCGUCGGUAGCUGUUAGCCGGACUGUCAUGAUCCCAGCGCGGAGAUGGCGUCCUUCCCCGGUUUGUGCAAGGCUGUCGGGCCCGCGGAGGAGGAGAACGGAGAGCUGGACGGAUCCCUGCAGCAGAUGCUGAAGGCCAUCACCGACGAGAGGAACCGACUCAACAGCCGGCAGGAGAUCAGCGGGCUGGGCUGCUUUAAGGAUGACCGCAUCGUGUUCUGGACCUGGAUGUUCUCGACGUAUUUCAUGGAGAAGUGGGCGCCGCGGCAGGACGACAUGCUGUUCUACGUCCGCAGGAAGCUGUCGUACGUCAGCGCCGACAACACCGAGGGCAAGAAGGUGGAGGUGGAGGUCUACAGGAGGGACUCGAAGAAGCUGCCGGGCCUGGGAGACCCGGACAUCGACUGGGAGGAGAGCGUCUACCUGAACCUGAUCCUGCAGAAG